AUGAAACAGAAAUCAGAAAUUGAUUGUGUUGUUGAAUCUAGAAACAGUUCUCAAGAAUUUAUUAAAGAAUAUAUCAGAAGCCGCACUUUAGCUUUGAAAAGAACAGAAAACAUUACAAAGUAUUGUCGUCAUCAUCAUAAAGAGACUGAUAGGGAGACAAAAAUAAUUUCUAGAUUUGAGACCUGCUAUUAUGUUCUACACUUGGAACGCUCGCGUUUUGGUUCCGUCUUAAAGUUCACACUUGACCCGCGUAAAGUUUUUCAAUCUUCAGGAAGCAAUAAUCUAUCAUUUGACUUAGAAGUGGUCUGCAAAAUGGCUUAUCUUAAGCCCUUCUUUAAAAAAACAGCUUAG